UUUUGUUCAAUUUUUCUCCUGCCAGUAGUUAUUUAUUUUUCACUCCCAGUUGGUUGACGCUUCCGCACAACAACCCUUGCCUUCCAUUAAGCUCUUCGUGGGAAUGGGUUCAGUGUAGCACAGGCAACAUUCCUCGUAUAAUUGCACUGAAUCUGAGUAGCUUCGAUCUGGUUGGUCCACUACCAGAUUGUAGUUCCAUGGAUGCCCUUGUCACAAUUGAUUUGCACGACAAUAGCUUAAAUGGUCCUAUCCCUGAUUUUCUUGGCUCCUUCCCGAAUCUAAAGCGACUGGAUUUGUCAAACAAUAGAUUCAACGGAACCAUACCCACCUCCUUAUCCAAAAACAAGAAGUUGGAAUUAGUUGUGACUGGUAAUUGUCUCUCUGGAAUGUCUUGUCCACCUCCACCUCCACCUCCACCUAAGACACCGCCUCCACCACCCACGACUACUAGUACUGAGACUACUGAGACUACACCACCACCACCACCUUAUAACAAUCAGAGGACACCACCGCCGCCCGCAGAUGUAUCCCAAUUCGGUUCAGGAUCUACUGAUGAUAGCAAGAACAAUGCCCUGCUUUCUAUACUAGUGGCAGCCACGAUUCAAGCUCUACUGUUAAUUACCUACUUUCCCUAAUUAAUCAUUCAAUGAAUAAAUGAAUAAAUGAAUGUGAUAUUGGACAUCUUAGCUUAGUUUCAACUUUAAUUAAUUAAGUUUCGUGUGCGUGCAACACAAACUAAACUUGUUCUUCUACUAUUAAUACA